AUGACUGCAAACCUGAUAGACGACUUAAACUUCGCAACCGCUUGCCGGGUAGCAUUUGCUGGGUUCCUUCGCCUCGGAGAAUUUACCUACAAAACAGAAGAUCUCAGCACACGUCCUACCUUCUUAGCCACAAAGCUCACGCGCUCCGACGUCAGAUUCUCGUCCUCGUUAGACCACGUUCAACUCACACUCAAGCGGAGCAAAACGGACCGACGCCAUGAAGGAGCACAGAUCAUCCUUGCGAAAACAGGAGACGGAGCUUGUCCAGUUGAUGCGCUUCAGAGGCUACUACUUCUCGACCCCAAAGCGCCCGACGCCCCGUUAUUCUCCUUUCACAGAAGACCAUUCAAUCGCAACAACUUCCUCUCUACCCUAUCUACUAAGCUGAGAGCACUUGGGAUACACGCGGACGGCUACUCGGGCCACAGCUUUCGGAAAGGUGCGGCUCAACAUGCGCAUGAUAGUGGGAUCCUCGACGAUCAGAUCCAAGUACUCGGGAGAUGGACCUCGGAUGCAUUCAGGGUGUAUUUUACAACGAACACGUCUGUCUUGUACAAGCUCAAUCACCAGUUCCAGACAGGCUCGCCGGCUCCACUGUCUCUACUGCUUCCUCCACCGUCCCCUCCACCAUCCUAG